CCAACUUCCACAUCAUCCUCCCACCACCAUGGCCCCCCUCCGCGUCGCGAUUCUCGGCACUGGCCUCUCCCUCCAGGCCUUCCACUACCCGCUCAUCACGGCGCUGCCGGAGCAGUAUGUCCUGCACAGCGUGAUGGAGCGUAGUGGGAGGGGCAAGGCGCAAGAGAUUUGUGGGGGCGACAUCAAGGUCGUUAAGACCAUUGAGGAGGUGGUUGGGGAUGCUGAGGUCGAUGUCGUGGUGGUUAGCACGCCGAAUAACACGCACUAUCCGUUCGCGAAGGCGGCGCUGGAGAACGGGAAGCAUGUCAUGGUCGAAAAGCCCGUCACUCCCACUGUCGCCGAAGCCGAGGAGCUUGCAGCCCUGGCCAAGAGCAAAAACCUCGUUUUCUGCGUGUACCAGAACCGCCGAUGGGACGCCGACUUCCUGACGCUCCGGAAGGUGCUUGACGAGGGGACUCUCGGCCCGAUCCACGAGUUCCACUCCCGCUUCGACCGCUACCGCCCGCUCCCGGCCGACCACAAGCCCAGCGGAUGGAAGGAGACGCCCGGGGAGCACAACGAGGCGAUCUACAACCUGGGUUCCCACGUGAUUGACCAGGUCGUGACUCUCUUCGGCGUGCCCGAGCGUCUCAUCGCGCGGAACUACGACGAGCGCGGCGUGGGUCUCGACGAGGCCUUCGAGAUGACGCUGCUCUACCCGCCGCAGUCUGGCGCGCAAGGCCCGCUCGCGGUGCACGUCGGCGCUUCGAUCCUCUCCAGCACGCCGCAGCAGCGGCGGUUCCUCGUCAAGGGGCGGGCGGGGAGCUUUGAGAAGUUCGGGCUGGACCCGCAGGAGCCGUUCCUGCGCGCAGGCAAGAAGGUGCGCGACUCCGGGUUUGGGGAGGAGGGCGAGGACGCGUGGGCGACAGUCAGCGUGUGCAAAGAUGGACAGUGGAGCUCGGAGAAGCGCAGGAGCGAGAAGGGCUGGUAUCCCGCCAUCUACGAGAGCAUGCACGAGGCGAUCACGAGCGGCGAUGUCACCCGCCUUGCGGUCCAGCCUGAGCAGGCGAUCUGGACGAUGCGGCUCAUCGAGAUGGGCAACACGUCUAGCCGCGAGGGGCGUGUGAUCGAUGUGCAGAAGGAGGCCAAGUAGUGUUGGAGGGUAUGUAUCCGUGCCGGGGCGUGGCGUGGCGUGAGACCCAGCGACGGUCGAGCCGGCGAAUGCUGAGCGUGACGUCGACGGCGCGAGAUGGCACGGGCAGCGCCUUGGACGUUUACAUGGACAUGAGCAUGAACAUGAACGUGACG